GUCUAUGGCAAAUACCUUGCAUUAGCUUUAUGAUUGAAAAUUACUUACAACACAAUAAAAUUAAUACACGGAAUUUCUGAAAUGAAUUCCCUAAAUAGCUCAAGCUUGGGGUAUAACAAAUAGUGAAACGCAACCAAUCAACCUACCCAUACAAGUUACGACUAUUGUGCGAGGAUGACAAUCACAAUAAAAUAUUAGCUGAUAACAGUGUUGUUCUAAAUGUUAUUGAGGAUAGUACAUAGUACCGUAAAUCGAAGAAAAAUAACAAAAUGUUCAAAUUACUGGUAUUCAUUUUAUUAGUAUUUCAUACUAAUUGUGAAGUCAAAAGCGAAAAGAAUAUACCGAUCGUUAUAACGACAUGGUCGUUUACGAAUGCUUCACAAAAAGCAUGGGAAGUUCUUAACGGAGGAGGCAAAGCUUUGGAUGCUGUUGAACAAGGUGCCACAGUAUGUGAAAAUGAGCAAUGUGAUCGGACAGUAGGCUAUGGAGGAAGCCCUGAUGAAGAUGGAGAGACUACACUAGAUGCCUUUAUAAUGGAUGGGAAAACAAUGAAUGUGGGUGCAGUAGCAGCUCUCCGUAGGAUAAAAAGUGCAAUAUCAGUGGCUCGACACGUGCUAGAGUAUACAAAACAUUCAUUCCUAGCUGGUGAACUGGCUACAAAGUUUGCAGUUGAAAUGGGUUUCAAGGAGGAGUCUCUUUCAACUGAUGAAUCUAUGGAGUUAUGGUCAAAAUGGCGUUAUGAAAAACAAUGCCAACCUAAUUUUCGUAAGAAUGUGAAACCAGAUCCACGCAAACAUUGUGGCCCUUAUCACAAAAAGAAAAAUUUUGUUGAUUACAUACAUCCGGAAGUUUUUGUAGUAGAUCGAUACAAUCAUGAUACCAUAGGAAUGGUUGCUGUGGACAGCGAAGGAGAUGUAGCAGCUGGUACCUCUACUAAUGGUGCUAAGUUUAAAAUCCCUGGAAGAGUAGGUGACUCUCCGAUACCCGGCGCUGGAGCUUACGCCGAUAAUACAGUGGGAGGUGCAGCGGCUACUGGUGACGGUGACACCAUGAUGCGGUUUUUACCAAGUUAUUUAGCGGUAGAGGAAAUGCGUCGAGGAUCGUCUCCGACGGAUGCCGCGAAAACUGCGAUCAAAAGAAUCUCAGCUUAUCAUCCUGAUUUCAUGGGUGCUGUAAUAGCUUUAACAAAAAAUGGCCAAUAUGGGGCCGCGUGUAACGGCAUCGAAACGUUUCCAUUUGUUGUACAAGAUAAAACACGAAAAACUUUUGAAGUUGUAACUAUUAAAUGUUGAUAUUUGUAUAUUAGUUUAUAUAAAAAAAUGUAUGUAAAUAAAUAUAUCCGAAC